AUGUUGGGGAUUACAAGAAGAUUUCCAGUGAGUGCUGGAAGUCUGUGCAAUAAGCAUGUAUAUUUCAGGAAGGCAAAAAUGAGAGUCCUAAGUGUGACACAGCUAAAUUGCAGCCUAAGAAAAUACAGUUCUCCACCAGGAGAUGUCAAGUCUCUGCGUUCUGUCAUUAAUCCUCAUAUAUCCAGGAUCCGAAACAUUGGCAUUAUGGCCCACAUUGAUGCAGGGAAAACCACGACAACAGAGAGAAUGCUGUAUUAUUCUGGGUAUACAAGAACACUUGGAGAUGUUGAUGAUGGAGACACAGUGACAGAUUUUAUGGUCCAAGAGCGAGAACGUGGUAUUACCAUUCAGUCUGCUGCUGUCACAUUUGACUGGAAGGACUACAGAAUCAAUCUGAUUGACACCCCAGGUCAUGUGGACUUUACAGUGGAAGUUGAGCGUUGCUUGAGAGUCCUGGAUGGAGCAGUAGCAGUGUUUGAUGCUUCAGCUGGUGUUGAGGCACAAACUCUGACAGUCUGGAGACAAGCAGACAAACAUCAGAUACCACGAAUUUGCUUCUUAAACAAAAUGGACAAAACCAGGGCAAGUUUUACAUAUGCUGUUGAGAGCAUCAAACAGAAGUUGAAGACAAAACCUUUGCUAUUACAGUUGCCCAUUGGGGAAGCCAAGACCUUUAGAGGACUGAUUGAUGUCGUGACUAAGGAACAGAUAAUUUGGAAACCUACUUCUGAUUCGGAUGAUGGGAAAAAUUUUGAGCGAAAGCUGCUGCUGGAGGCUGAUGAUCCGAACCUGUUCCAAGAAGUCCAGGAUGCCAGAAAUGCCUUAAUAGAACAAGUUGCAGAUCUGGAUGAUGAAUUUGCUGAACUGGUUCUAGGAGAACAUAGUGAAAAUUUUGACUUAAUACCAGCUGACAAGUUGCAGUCUGCUAUCCGCAGAGUCACACUGGCACAGAAAGCAGUUCCUGUGCUCUGUGGCAGUGCACUGAAGAACAAAGGGGUACAGCCAUUGCUGGAUGCUAUUACUAUGUACCUGCCUGCACCUAAUGAGCGUUCAUAUGAGUUCCUUCAGUGGUACAAGGAUGACCUGUGUGCCCUAGCAUUUAAAGUACUCCAUGAUAAAUGUCGUGGACCACUGGUUUUUGUUCGUGUUUACUCAGGUUCACUGAAACCUCAGUCAGCUGUAUAUAACACUAACAAGGACUGCACAGAGCGAAUGAGCCGUCUGCUCCUGCCUUUUGCUGAUCAGCAGAUCGAAAUACCAUCACUCAUGCCUGGCAACAUUGCCCUCACUGUUGGGUUAAAACAGACAGCCACUGGAGAUACCAUAGUGUCAUCAAAGGCUUCAGCACUUGCUGCAGCACGCCGAGCUGGAAGGGAUGCUGAGGAAAAGAAGUCUGUGAGUGAUAUACAGAGCCUUCUGCUGGCAGGUGUUGAGAUCCCUGACCCUGUCUUCUUCUGUACAAUUGAACCUCCUUCGAUGUCCAAACAACAAGACUUGGAUGAUGCAUUGAGCUGCCUGCAGCGUGAAGACCCCAGUUUAAAAGUGAAGCUAGAUCCUGACACAGGACAAACAAUCCUCUGUGGCAUGGGAGAGCUACACAUAGAGAUCAUUCAUGACCGAAUCAAACGUGAAUAUGGAAUUGAGACUUAUUUGGGACCUCUUCAAAUAGCAUACCGAGAAACCAUCUUAAAUGCUGCCCAAGCUACAGAUAUAUUGGACAAAACAGUAGGAGAUAAACGACACUUUGUAACUGCAGAGUUAGAGGUCAGGCCCAGGUCAGGGGAGAGAGCGACCACAAGACCCAUUGUCAAGUACGCAGAGAGUGUCAUUGAAACACUCCCCAAAGAACUCCAAGGAGCUAUAGAAAAUGGAAUCACAAAUUCGUGCAUUCAAGGACCUCUGCUUGGCUUCCCAGUUCAGGAUAUAGAUGUGACAGUGCAAUCAGUGGCAGUGCAUCCGGACACCUCUCACACAAUGGUGUCAGCCUGUGUCUCCCGUUGCAUGCAGAAGGCUUUGAAAAAAGCUGGUAUACAAAUACUGGAGCCCCUGAUGAACCUAGAAAUCACAGUAAGUGAAGAUCAUCUCAGUGCAGCACUUGCUGAUCUUGCACAGCGCAGAGGUAGUAUUCAGGAAAUCCAGAGUCGUCAAGACAACAGAGUUGUGAUUGCUGCUGUUCCACUAGCAGAAAUGAUGGGCUACUCAACAGUUUUGCGUUCUCUAACAUCAGGCUCAGCAACCUUCACAUUGGAGCUGGCCAGUUACCAAGCCCUGAACAGUCAAGAGCAAAGUGCACUUCUUCAGAGGAGGAUGGGGCUGGUAUGA